AUGCGAUACUCGAUAAGGCCGAAACGUCAGAAAGUGAAGUCUCCAUGUAACAAACCGAGUGUAUUUAUUGGUGGCAGUACAAAUUCUGAGAUACGGAGUGAGAAUGACAUAAGUCUGAGGAUACAACGAUCAAUCACGAGGGGAGCAGUAAACUUGAGAACAAUCCAGCUGGAAUUCAGGAGGCCAUUCCAUGUAAUUGGCAAUCAUUCAGAAAAGAAUAUUCUCUCGCUCCAACAAUCAAGACAAAGGCGGCCGAUAGUACCUACAGGCGAGCCAUUACAGGUCAAUACCCAUUAUUAUACGAUAUUUUCGCGAGCACGGCCCUCCGAUAUCCCUUACACUCACAUGAGACGGCAAAUAUCUGUAAUUAAAGGUUGUAAAGUUGAUUUACAACUGGGGCCCGAGUAUCGAACCAGAGGAACGCCUCAACCAAUCGUCUCUCGCAAUACAACGGCUCGUAUCAAUUUAUUAGAUAUGAAUGAAAAUCGUCAUUGCGGUGGCACCGGUUGUGUUAUAGCAGUGGUGCUGCGGUCGCGAGGCUCAUCUCCGGGCCGCCAGCUCGUGGUGCAUAGUAUCGAAGGCUGCAGUAUGGUUUACGAUCACCGCGGGGACGCUAACACCGGCUAUAAAAUGGCAACAAUGGAAACGUCGGAUGCGGCUAAAGCGACUCAACUCACUCACGUCGUUGAGAUGAAUACAACAAUGGAUCCUCGAAGCGGUGGCGGCAACUAUCGCUCCACGUAA